AUUAAAGGGAAAAAUGUCGCAGACUUCACGUGUUUAGUUUUUUCCCAUCAAGUGACAAAAACAAUUAUAACUAAUAACUAAUAAGUAAAGUAUUUCUUAAUUUAGUAAUUAGUAUUAAUGGAUUUGAUUUUUGACUAAUUUUCAAAUAAUCCUGUGAAUUUUUCUGAUUGUUAUAAGUGAAUGAAGAUUAUAUUAGUCAUUUUUUAGUCGCGCUCAUUAAAAAUGCGACUAAAAUGAAGGUUUUUAAUUUAAUUAACAGUGUUAUUAUAAUUUUGCAAUCGUCAUGAUAGUGCAUUAGUGUUUAUCGUUGAAUUUUAUAUUAGUAAAUUAUUUUAUCUCCUGAAAAUCGAUGUAGUCGUAAAAAGGUUAUCAAAGGGAAAAUUCUAUAAUUAUAAUUAUAGUUGAAAAAAAAGUUGUUAUAUAUUUUUGUAAAUUACAAAGACUGAUAGGAAUUUAAAAGAGUUUUCCAAUCAUGGAGAAUAAAAGUUCACACAAUUUCAUAAGUUAUGUAGGUUUAGAGGAACAUGAAAUGGAGAAUCUUGGAUCGAGUCGACGAAAUUCAUUGAACGAGAAUAAUAUAAAAUUACUACCUGGAGAAUCAAUUGCUGCGAGUGCAAAAAAUGUGUUAAUGUUUUCACCAGUUGGCGAUUUUAAAAAAGGCAUUUCCGGAGUUCUUGUUGUUACUAAUUUUAAAUUAACGUUUCUCACUACUGAACAUGCGAACGGAGAAGAUUCUGUGUAUCAACAAAAUAAUCUUUAUGGAUUUAUGGAUACUUGCUUGUCAAAUAUAGACGCUAUUUAUUUAAUAAUGGGUGAUAAAAAGAGAAGACUCAUUCCAAGGAACAUUGUCUCUUCGAAAAUAAAAGGAAAAAUAUUUAUUGUUUGCAAGAAUUUCAGAACUUGGUCGUUUUCGUUUAAAUUCUCAUCUCCAGAUCAUGGUCAGAAAGUUGUAAACGCUCUUUUACAUCACGCAUUCCCAAGCAGACAUCAAUUGUUAUUUGCUUAUGAUUACAAGGAAAAGUAUUACUGCAGUGUUGACAAAGGUGUUUGUUUCUUUCGAGAAAAAUCCGAUUGGGAAAAUGAAUUGGAACGUGUACUGCAUAAAAGUAGUAAUUUAAAGAGAGGUUGGAGAUUAUCCACGGCCAACGAACAGUUUCAAUUGUCAUCUAGUUUACCAGAAUAUAUAAUUGUACCUUCGUCCGUAACUGAUAGUCAACUAAUAAAUGCAGCUCAUCAUUUUCAAGAUAACCGUCCACCCGUCUGGUCAUGGUCAAAUGACCGGGGCGCUGCUUUAGUGAAAAUGGCCGAAUUAUCGCCAACAAUCACUGAACGAACGCAGGAAAAUAUAAUGCUUGAAAAUAUACGAAAAAGCCAUCCACGAACAAUACAACCAAUUGUCAUUGAACUUAACAAGGAAGUUAAUGUUAAAUUUAUUGCAAAUAGUUUUUUGAAAUUCGUCGCCUUGUGUUCGCCAGAAAACAUUAGGCAGUUUUGGAUUCAGGACAAUAAUUUUUAUUCGCUUCUGGAAACCACAAAGUGGCUUAAGUACGUGUCGUACUGUUUACAAAAGGCUGUUGAAACUAGUAUUCAUUUAAACGAAGGAGAAUCGGUUAUUUUACAAGAGGCUAGUGGUCGAGAUGUGUGCUGUAUUGUUUCGUGCUUAGCGCAAUUAUUAUUAGAUCCAUUCUUCAGAACAAUAAAUGGUUUUCAGUCCCUUGUGCAGAAAGAAUGGAUUGCAGCUGGACAUCCAUUUUGCGAUAGAUUGGGUUACAUAAUUAAUGAAGAUUCUGAAAAGUCGCCCUUAUUUCUUCUAUUUUUGGACUGCGUUUGGCAAUUGUGUCAACAAUUUCCCACUGAAUUCGAAUUCACGGAAACUUAUUUAACAACACUCUGGGACACCGUACACGUUUCGAUUUUCGACACUUUCAUAUUCAAUUGCGAAAGAGAUCGAAUUCGUGCAGCUCAAGAUCGAAAUUUCCCUCUUGUUUUACGAAGUGUUUGGGAUUGGCGGGAACAAUUCAGCGAGCAGGAUAUUCUUCUCUUUUCUAAUCCACUAUUUAAAAAUGAUGGAACAAGAGAAAACGAUGAGAGAUCGCAUAUUAAACCACAGUUUAGUAUUUCGAAUUUAGAAUUAUGGUCGCAAUGUUAUUUCCGAUGGAUUCCACCAUUAGAAAUACAUAAUGGUGGUAAAAAUCAUGUUGAAUUACACGCGCGUUUAGUUCAAAAUGAUAUUGUCCAAUUGAAAAUUAAUGCCAAUGGAAAUUGUGAAUCUCCCGUUGAAAAAAUAACGUCCUACAUUGUGCAUAUGAAUAUCGACAGCUUUUAUCCGUUUAGCAAUAGAAAUUCUGGGAACACCGUGAGUACACCAAUUAUGAAUAAUUCGUUACUUAUGAAUGAAAAUUUAUUAGACACCCAAAGUCUCAUGACGGCGUCCGAUUGAAGUUUUCUUUUUUUUUACUCCUACGAAAAGUAAUUAAUAAAAAUACAUUUUUUUUUAUUAUUGAGAUACGUCGGGCGUCGAUUAUAUUCUCUGAAUUUGUAGAAUUUUUUUUUCUUUUCAUAGACAAUUUUAAGUAAUAACCAAAUAACAAUUUACUGCGUCUGCAUUUUAACAAAAUGGUAAAUAAUUAGUAAAUAUUUAUUUACCAAUUUCUUUUUAACUCUACUUGAAUUAAAAUAAAAGUAAAGUCUCUAUUUUGUUAAAA